CACAUUCAGCGUGCUGUCAGAGCAGCCAGGCGGAUGACGUUUUGCAAGACAGGAAACGAGAGAAGCAGUGAAAUAGAACCAGUGAAGGCAAAGACUCAUUUGUCAUCCUCAGCAACCUCAAAGACAGAAGCAGUAGAAAAGCAAGGUGAGGUCUUCUAUGAAGGUAUUUUAAUUUUGUCUUGAGUCUAGCUCAAAAAAAAAAAAAAAAAACCUUAAAUGGGCACCGAGGAGAAAGAUUUAGAGCCUCCAGCUCAACAACCACCAAAGGAGCAGGAAUCACCAGAGAGGGAAAAGGAAUCAUCUGUGGAGUCUCCUCAAGGUCAGACAUCUGAGACUGCCGACCCCCUCAACACAUACAAGUGGCACACCGGUUCCAAAGCAACGCUCGAUGAGGUGAAAGAAGAAGGAGAAGGAGGAGCAGCUCCUUCCACAUCUACAAUGGAUAGGAUUCAGAAGGCCUCCACCAACAAAUGGAGCAAAAUGCAAAACUGGCGUAAGGCCCUGAGCGAGGACAGUGGAGAGAAGAAUUCAUCUGGUGGGAAAGGUGGAGAAGGAGCCAAGGCAGAUAAAGGCACUGGUGGAACCAGAAAGAACCCCUUCAGAAGGGCACUGUCUGAGCCUCCUGGGUCACUGUUUGGCGCCCUGACCCCCUCCUCCAGCUCUGCCAAUUCAGCUCAAGCAGCCUCAUCAUCAGCUGCUGCAGAGGCCUCAGGGGUCUCCUCCACCGACCCUUCACAGAAAGCAGGCGGAGGGGCGCUCCUAAAAAAGUACCUGAGGACUGUGUCCCAGAAGCUCAAAAGGCCCAGGCUGCAGACUCGGAGCAGCACCCCCAACUUACUGCCAGAGGGGGUCGAAACACCAGCACCUGCACAUGCCAGCUUAACCCUCCCAAGAUUCCAAUGGGCCCCGCCUCAGGAGGUCCCCUUAUGGGACAUUAGCAACUGCAUGCUUGAAGAUGGACAAAUUCUUAUUUCUCCAGAAGAAGAGCCAAUGAUGUGGACCCGAAACCGUGUCAGCAGUUGCCUGUCCAACCUCAGCAUGCAGAACCUCGUAGAUAUCGACACAGAGUGCAGCCCUGACCACAUGGGCCUGCCGGGUGGGCCUCGACCAAAGAGCCAAGAUGGCGGUGUGAGGGGACUGAUCAAGAGGCGUCUCGAGAACAGGGCCAAGAGGAACAGCAACACCCAAAUGAAUCCAGGACUAAGCAAAGGAAGCAGGCACUAUGGUUCCCGGGAGUCUGUGUCAAUUCCAGUCAGUCCAGUGGGGAGUCUGGAUCUGAGUGCAGACACAAGUACUGUCAUCAGGCCAGUCCACAGCUCCAUUUUGGGGGAGAAGUACUGCUUUGAGGUGAUAAACUCUGAGAACACCCACUGCUUUGGGUGCUCCUCAGCUGCAGAGCGUGACCGUUGGAUUGAGGACCUGAGGCGGGCUGCCCAGCCCAAUAAGGAUAACAUCGAGCGCACAGAGAACUCCCUGAGUCUGUGGGUAAAUGAAGCUAAGGAUCUGCCCCCCAAACGGCGUUAUUACUGCGAGGUACACCUGGACGGGACCCUGUUUGCCCGCACCAGCAGCCAAGCUGUCGGCAAGCCGUCUAACCGAUCCAGUGUGGCAGGGGACGGCUCUACUGGAGGCCUAGUGGCAAGCGGAGGUGCAGCUGGAGGGUGUCAGCUAUUCUGGGGUGAAUUCUUUGAGCUUGACAAUCUGCCAUGCAUCUCCCAAAUCACCCUGCACAUCUUCCGUGAAGAAGAUCCAAAGAAAAAGCGUCACUCACGGGACGAGUCUACUCUGCACCCACUGGGCAGCGUGGCCAUACCUUUAGAUGAGAUCAGAGGGAGGACCUUUCAGGAGAAAUGGUACCCCAUCACCCCAUUCAAGGCUUCGGGCACAGCAGGAAACAAAGAACUCCUGGGGCCACAGGCUUCUCUCCGCAUCAAGGCCCGUUUCCAGAAUUUGCAAGUGCUGCCCAUGGAGAAGUACAAAGAGUUUGCUGAGUAUGUGACGGUCGACUAUGUGGAAAUGUGCACAAGCCUGGAGCCACUUCUGAAUGUGAAGGGAAAGGAAGAGCUGGCAGGAGCUCUAGUCCAUGUACUACAGAGUAUCGGCAAAGCCAAGGAGUUCCUGAUUGACUUAGGCGGUGCAGAGGUGGAGCGUCUUGGAGAGAGGGAGGCACUGAUCUUCAGAGAGAACACAUUGGCGACUAAAGCCAUUGAUGAGUACAUGAAGCUGGUUGGCCAGAAGUACCUCAUUGACACACUAGGGGACUUCAUCACUCGUCUUUAUGCCUCGGUUGAGAACUGUGAAGUUGACCCUCGCAAGUGUCCUGCAUCUGAACUGUCAAACAACCAAAAGCACUUGAUGGAAGCCUGCGAGGAGGUGGUGCAAAAGAUUAUUAAGAUCCACGGACCCUUUCCUGAAGAGUUGAACAAGAUCUUCUCUAGCUGGGUGGAGCUGUGUGAAGACCAGGGCAAACCAGAGAUUGGCCAGCGUCUCAUCUCAGCUUCCCUCUUCCUUCGCUUCUUAUGUCCUGCUAUCCUCAGUCCUUCUCUAUUUGGCCUGACGCAGCCUUAUCCAGAGCCAAACACCUUGCGUACCCUCACCUUAACUGCCAAAGUUAUACAGAAUCUGGCCAACUUCACCCAGUUUGGAGAGAAGGAGGAGUACAUGCUCUUUAUGAAUGAAUUCCUGCAGCAGCACUGGGAUGGAAUGAGAGGCUUUCUACAAACAGUGUCCAAUUCAGACACCGAAAUCCCAAUGACUUCCUUCGAUGGUUAUGUGGACCUGCCUCUGCGCUUGGCUGUGCUGCAUGGCCUGCUGGUAGACAUCAUCUAUCAGAAAGAUCAGGAAACAAUUGACAAGCUCCACCCACUGCCUUCAAUUCUGAACCAGAUAACAGAGUCACUGGGCCCUGAAGCACCUCGAAUCCUAGUUAGCAGUGACAUGGACCAAGCCAAGCCAGUGUACAUUCCUCCUAAAGACUUGGGCAAAUACAGCCCUCACCAAUCCUCCCUUCAGCAGCUUCCUGUGGACUCCAAGGGCCUACGAGAAGGAGAUGUCAGGACACGGAGAAGUGUCAGAGAGAGAGAGAGGAGGCCAGUAACCAGAACUCAGAGUGCUCCACACAGACGUCCAGGUCAUGCAAAACAUGCCCUGAAGAGGCAGACAAGUUCUGAAGCUCUGCCUACAUCUGACCACGAAGAGGUGGUGGAGCCCAACCAGCCACACAUCUCAUCACCAAAAACUAAGCCCAGUAUCAAACGUACACCUGCACCAGUUCCCUGGAUCAAAGUCAACCAGAACAGGGAGUCAAGUGAGAUGAAGACUGAGAAUGAGCAGUUAAGCGUACUGGACAGACAUGCCCAAGAGCUGUCAGAGCUUCGUCUGGGAAUAGAGAGGGUGACAGAGUGUGAGCUGGACAUGGCAAAGCGUCUGGAAGACUUCAUCAUCCAAAGCCAGGACCAGAAUGCAACGCUGCAGGCUGAGGUGAUGGAGCUCCAGAACAUGCUGGCUGUCCGAGAGGAGCAGCUCGCCAGUGCCACCUUCAGGCUGGGUGUGAUUGAGGAGGAGAGGGAGGAAGAUGAGAGGAAGCUAAGUGUUGCCAUUGCAGCAGCCGAACGAAUGAAUGUCCUGGAGGAGCAGUUUGCAGGCCUGCUGAAGGACCUCCAACAGCUCACUGAGGCCUACAAUGGUGGCCAAAACAACAUACAGCGUCCUGAAAAGCCACACAUAAACAGCAACUGAACCCUGACCGUAAAAGAUUAUGACCAACAGGAUCAUGUUCUUGUGUAAAUAAAUACAUUAUGUAGAGUUAAUGUGGAAUCCACUGCCUCAAGUCACAAUAAUGGUUUUCUGAUUAGGUGUACACUUACUUUACAAAGAUAUUCAACAGGGAUGUGAGGAGACAAACCUUGACUGAGUUUAACAUUAUUUGCGACAGGAUUUUUCUGCAUGUCAGCCUUCACUGUAUCUUAGCUACAGAUGUGUUUCACUUGUAAACAUUUCUGAUAAAUAAAAGAGAUCCAACCUGGCGUGUUUAUGUUGCAUAUGCAUUCUGCAAUGGGUCACUGUAGGGACGAGCAGCUACUUUACUUCAGUACAGUUUUGAGGCAUUUGUCGCCCACUUUAACCGUUUAAAGAAAUGUACUUCUUUUGCAAUGAACAAUGUACCAAGGGACCACUAUGAUAAAUCGAUAGUGUAAUAGAGUGACUGUGCUUGUAGUGUGUUGUUUUAUAAUUUAAAUAAAACAUGUGAUAAUACCAAG